CUCGGAGACCGGAGUCCAGACUUCCCCGGAUCGGUAGUUUCACGGAAGCCUCUAGAAAGCGGAAAGUCCGUAGAAACUCCUCCUGCUUCCCUCUCGCUCGCUCCUUUAAAAUCCGCUCCUUCGUUAGUUCUUCUCCGUUUCGCCCUUUGGCUCUACCAUUCGCUUCUCUUCCUCUUCUCCUCUCUUUCGCUCUCGCUUGCAGUUCCUGUCUCCCAUGGCAUCGGAUCUUGAGAAGAGGGCGAAGGAAGCCUUCUUCGAAGACGAAUUCGAGCGCGCCCUUGAUCUCUACUCUCAGGCUCUGGAGUUGGAUCCUAAGAACGCCGAUCUCUACGCCGACCGUGCUCAGGCCUACAUCAAGCUUCAGAAUUUCACAGAGGCUGUUGCUGAUGCAAACAGAGCAAUUGAGUUGGAUCCUUUACUGUCUAAAGCCUACUUGCGGAAAGGAACUGCUUGUAUGAGACUCGAGGAGUAUCAGACUGCAAAAGCAGCUCUUGAAGCAGGUUCCUCUUUGGCACCUGGGGACUCAAGAUUCACACGACUUAAUAAGAAAUGCGAUGAGCUAAUGGCAGAGGAGACUCACAACCUGCCUGAAAAAGCGAUACAUGAGGCUCCACCUAGUGCAAUUACUCCUUCAGAGGAUGUUGGGCCCACUCAUGAUACAUCGUAUCAGUCUGCUGUAUUUGAGCUAAGCAAACAAAAAUAUAGACAUGACUUCUACAAUUCUCCUACGGAAUUGGUUUUGAACAUUUACGCGAGGCGCAUCCUAGCUGAAUAUGUGACGGUUGACUUUGUUGAGUGUCUCGAUCAAUAUCCCUGGUGAAGAAGCCUACCAUUUUCAACCACGUCUAUUUGGAAAGGUAUGCUUGAAUCUUGGAUAUUGUAUUGUCUGCCCAUGAUGUUAUUAUCAUGAUAUAAGGAGUACAUCCUUGGUUUGUUUCCUCUUUCUAGUGAGCCUUCAGCUAUGCUGUUUCCAGUGUCAUUCAAAAUAAACUUUUAUACCAUGAUUUUUAUUGAUUCUGUUUGGAUGGUGCUGCACCUUGCCGCUCGGGCAAGUGAGUGGGGGUUUGAUUCCAGUUGACAUCGGCCCUUGAGAGGUAGGAUGGGUAGGGGGUCAAAAAUGGGAGUAGCCCCUUCUAGUAUCAAAAUAAAAAGAAAAAAAAAGUUUUUGUAUUAAUCCAGGCAAACUUAGAUACAUUGUAUUGCCAACAUAUCUGAGGUGAUAUUAGUUAGUAACUUGCUUCUGUUAUAUUUUUUAGUAUAUCAG